AUGGCAGGACGUCGUUACGCCGACGAUGUAUCCAUUUAUGAAGACCGUCGAGAAAGCUAUGGUACACGGAACGGUCGCCGAUACUACGAUGACCGUUACUUGGACGAAGAGGUAGACUUUCGCCGCUCCACACCUGUCCGUGAACGGGAAAGAGAAACAAUCGUACGAGAGGAAGUCCGUGAGCGGCCAGGGUCCACCCCUGCUUUCUUACAAGAGGGUUAUGGUCGAACCACCGCUGGUCCGGUGGUGCUUCGAAAACGAGAACAGGAAGACUUCGAGUUCGCUGCUCGACCCCGUCGCCGGUCCCCUUCCCCUCAGCCGGAGAGAAGAGUCGAAAAGGAGGAGAUCAUCAUCAGGAGAGACGAAUCCGAGUCAAGGCCGCCUCCACCUCGAGUAAGAGAGCGGGACGUCGACCGUGAAGAGAUCAUCAUCCGCCGAGACGAGCGGGAGCCUGAGCGAAGACUUCCACCUCCCCAGCGUGAUCGAGACCGCGAAGAGAUCAUCAUUCGUCGAGAUGAACGAGAACGAGAGACGCGGCCACCACCGCCGAGGGAAGUGAAUUCUUCCCGCGAGGAGAUUGUCAUCCGCCGCGAUGAGAGAGAGCGCGAGGUGCGACCACCACCGCCGAGAGAGGUCAACUCGUCUAGAGAGGAAAUUGUCAUUCGCCGUGAUGAGUCUGAUCGACGUUCUCGCUAUGACGAUUUUGACGAUACAAUGUCUCGUCGAGGUGAUUUCGACCGAAAGUCUGUCCGAGGGGACGUCGAUAGGCAAGAAAUCAUCAUCCGUCGUGAUGAACAGAAUCUUGACGCCCGCCGUUACGAAGACUAUGCUUUGACCCGCCCCAAGUCACACGAACGAGCUAGGUCUAGGGCACGGCGCUCCAGCAGUGCUUCGAAUGAUGAGAUCAUCAUCCGCCAACAAGAGCGAGAUGGACGCAGUGGCACUCGCAACCAGCAGGAAAUUAUCAUUCGCAAGAGCUCUCGGUCUCGGUCUCCUGCUACAUCGGUGACCUCAGCUCGCACUGCCCCUGCGCCUCUGCCUCCUCCAGAACCUCCAAUCAUCAACGCUCCCACCAUUCAUCAAGAGGUUAUAACACAUCAUCGCCAUAUUGACCACGGCUUUGAAGUUGCUAUUCCAACUCGACCACGCGUAAUUUCACGACCGCCAUCGCCACCAAGCCCGCCUCUCCCUCCUCCACCACCAUCUGUACGAGCUCGAUCAGAAGAACGUAUCGAGAUCAGCAGAACCCAAACCCGGAAUGGUCGCACUGAGAACGAGGAUAUCGUGAUAGAUCGUAGGGACGGUCCGGCGAGCCCGAAAAGCGUUGCACCGUACACGCCCCCGCCAAUACGUGAUCCAUAUUACGACGCUCCACCCGCUCGGCGUGAGGUUUAUCGAGGCUAUGAAAGGGAUGUGCAGGAAGAAGCAGAGUACUAUAAUGCCCGUGCCAUGGAUCGGGCGUACGUCGGCGAAGCCUACCAAGGAGCGACCCGUGACUGGGAGAUCGUCGAUGUACCUCCGGGGACACGUCGUGUGCGAAUGGAUGGAGCUGGUGGGGCGAGUCAGGAAAUUACCUGGCAAAGGUACAAUGGCGUCCGAAGAAGCAAGUUCAUGCCGGAUGGAAUUGAUGAACGUUACGAAAGCGCGGUUGCGAGACCGCUUCCUGCUCCAGCACCCGUGCUCCCUGCACCGCUACCCGCGCCGAUCCCGGUUCAUCCCCCAGCUCCGCUGCCUUCAGCGAAUGGAGAGAUUGGCCGUCGGUAUGGGAAGGAGCGGAAUCCCAAGGAUGGAUUGUGGACCGAGGUGACCAAGGAUCUUGUUGUCAAGGAGGCGAUUCAAGAAAUGGGAUAUGAGUAUGAGGAGACGGAUGACUUCUACUACAUCAUCGCAUAUCUGCGUUAUGAAGAUAUUGCUCGUCUGGUUGGUCUGUCGGAUGAUAUUCGCAAAGAGCGACGAAAGCGGAUCAAGGAGAUUGAGUGGGAAAAUCGAGUCCUCCCUCCGGCUGUCGAAGAACCGUUGCCACGCCCUCUGGCCAUCGAACCCCCACCACCACGUCACCGCCCGGAGUGGGAUCGAGAAGAAGAGCGCUUUAUUGAGCGGGAAGUCGUCUACAGAGGAGGCCGGCCACCUCCACCACCCGGAUGGCGACGUUGA